ACCGUGCGAUUCUCAUAAUACAUUUUCCUAUGUCACUCGUAUUUAAUUAAAUGACUAAAGAACUGAAAUCAGAAAUAGCCCAAAAUGUUAAUGUUUAUAAAUAUUGUACAACAAAGGAAUAUUUAGAAACUAAUUUUUAUGCAUUUCAUUUCUCCUUUCUAUUUUGUCUGUUUGUGUGUGUUAUCUGCAUGUACAAGUUUUUAAAAUGUGUAGAAAAAAGGAUAAUCUUGAAUGUUGGGGAGUUUCUGAAUGAGCAAGGAAUAACUUGCUACUUUUUUGACCUUGAUUUAUCAAGAACACCUUUUCUCUCUAUUAUGUUUUCCAAAAGUAGCUGGCUGAAAGCUUGAGCAAGGGAUUGGGAUAGAAGACCUCUAAGGUCCCUUUUUUCUAUUAUUUGAAUAUCAGUCCAGGCAUUCUGUGAAAUGUAAUACUAUUAUUUUAGUCUUUUUUGCUCCGUGAAAGAACUCAGGGCUCUGGAGGCAUAAUAAACACAUCAAUUCUUUAAGAAGUGAAUAAUAUAAUGCAAGGGACCAAAAUUGUGCUGAUCUUUUUUGGUACAGAAUCAGAGCAAAUAACUUUUAAACGGGUUAGAUGAAGCCUUAAAAAAAUCUUGACAUCAUACAUUGUUUCCUUGUCUGACUUCAGUGCCAUUUUGUUUGGGAAAUAUAAAGUAUAAUUCACAGUCUUCCCUGCCAUUGGGGGAACGAUGGCUUCUGAUGAUGCAUCCCUUCAUCAUACCCUCAAAGAGGAGAAGACAUGUGGAUAAUGUAGAAAAAGUGGAAGCUCAAGCGAUUCUCCAGAUAUGUCUGAAACCUCCACAAGCAAAGAGGGUGGCAGCUUCAUUAUUUCAUUGUUCCAGCAGCCAGAAACUACAGAACAGAAUUUACCAGAGAAGAAAAAGGGAAACCAUCUCCAUGCAAAAGGAGGUAAAACAUUGCCUAAAAAGAAACCUCAGCAGAAGACCACAUUUAUGACUGACCAUAACAUGGCUUGCCAUCUAUUGUCAGCAAGAGAUCAUGACAUUAAAGAACUAAAAAAUGAAGUUGCUGUUCUGCGGAAUAAAUUGGAGACAUUUACUGUGGAAUAUAAAAUCUUGAAGCAUCUUCAGUCUCAACAUUUAAGAGCAAUCAGUAAAUAUGAAAAUGCACAGAUUAACCUGCCUGAUCUUUUGGUCACGCAGUCUAAUAAAGUGCUGACUCUGAGAUCACUUCUCAGGACAUCUCAGGAAGAAGCUGAGAGAGGUUCAGGCAGAACUCUUACAAAGAAGGGACGCCUUGCGGGUGUUGCAGAAAUUUUCUGAAGACAAUUAACAUCAUAUACCCAAAAAUUGGAAGCCAGUGAUAAGAGAAUCCAGGUAACGUGCAAGUUACAUUGCUUAGAACAACGUAGCUGGGCUCUGGGAGAGCCCUAUAAAGAAAUGCUUUAAGCUGACUUGAUUCAGUAUGCAGUAGGGACCGUUCCCUACAGGCACCAUCCUCAAGUCUCCAAGAUUCCUUUGAUAUUGAAAUUAACAGAAAACCUGCUCAAGGAGGAACAUCAAUUUUGCACAUGCACUAUUUGUAUUCAGAUUCUUAAAUUGUUAUCCAGCAAUUAGAGACAUAGAUGUGCUGCAUUUGGUUUCCCACUUCAAUUCUUUGGGAGUUUCUUAUUUGCUGGAAGAGAUAAUAAUUUCAAAUGUCAUUGGUAGAAUUGUGGCUCGUUGCACAGUCAGCCAGAUGUCCAGACUGGAUUUGAAAGUUUCAUCCACCUAUCCAGUCCUUCUCAAGGACAUGGCAGAGGCGUUAUUACUAUGCUUCAGCACACAGUCAGUCAGACGUUAGACUGGAUGUGGCUUUUUAUCACCUACUAAGACCUUCUGAAGGGCCUGGGGUAGGCAAGUAUGUGUGUUUGGUAGUGUUAAAGGUAUUGUCACAGGAUGGAACCUGUGCCAAGCAAAGCUGCCUUUGGCAACUGACUGAGGGUGAUUUUGUCAGUGCCGAUGGUAUUUAAGUGGUGUCCUAGUUGUUUUGGGAUGGCAUCCAAGCCACCUAUUAAUUUUGCUCUCUUUUGCUACAAUAAUUCUAAUUCUGUUUACUGGUCUUUCAAUUUCGUUAUUUUCUCCAAUUCUUUCUCUGCUUUUCUGCUGUCUACAAGAAUUGUCAUAUCCUCUUUCUGGACAUCAUCAUUCUUAUUCAUUUGCCACCCAACUUAUGGUUCAAGGUGACAGCUAGCUAAAGGAGCAACUUUGUCUUCAUUUUUUCCUAGCAGCAUA